AUGGGAAUAACAUCCAUACAAGGAACGAUGAAGACUCACAGAAUAAAGGCACUGGGCCUAUUUAAAGCUUUUUCAAGGAAAUCUUCGAUUUUAGACGGUAAGCGGAAAAUAAAACAACAUCACAAGAAAGCAUUUCCUGACUCAAGCGAUCGUCAAAGUUUUGAAAGCAGCUCAACAUCAAAUAGCAUGUUUUCAACCAGAUCUGGUGUUAAUAGUAUAGCGUCCACUGAUGGAAUAAUAAAGCCGGAGAUGCCGAAUGGUUGGGAGAUAAGGUAUGAUCCUGUUCUUAGCGAGUAUUAUUAUUUGAACAAAAAACAGGGUAUUGUUCAGUUUGAUUCACCGCUGGAGGUUGUGCGGCAUAUUGAUAUAUGA